UAUAUAGAGUAUUUUGAAACUUAUGAGGUUAUAGACAGUGCUCUUGGGAGAACUUUUUAUCCUGAAAUAAAAAAAAGGAUACAAAGAAUAUAUAUAAUAAUUUUAUUUUGGUUCUUCGCAUCUAUAAUAGAUAUUACAACGUGGGCCCUCGUUUACGGCUGGGUUAAACAAAUAAAAUACAUCAUAGAUUAUUUACAUAAUUUAGUUAAGCUACUUAGUGGUUUUGACUUUAUUGCAAACUGCUUUCAAGUAAAAUUUCGUCUACAAGCAAUUGGCGAUUUAUUAAAAGAGUGGAAUUCCUGUGUUAAUAAUUUGAGCGGUCUUCAUACACAGCUAAAAUAUAAACACAGACCUACGAAUGCGUCUUUUCGUCAUCUAAAACUUUUGGAUUUAAGAAUGAAGUUCAAGCAGAUAAAUAACAGCUAUUUGUUGUUAACGGAACAAUGCUCUUCUAUAAACAUUUUGUUUGGAUACAGGAUUUUCCUCGGCUGUAUGAGUUACAUCGCUGAAGUGGUGGUGAUGUUGAAUUUUACCCUCAGAUUAUUCUUGGGUUGUCUGGAGGUAAGUGCUACUACUAGUUACCUGUCUUUAAUAACUACAAUAACAAGAAUGACUGGAAAUAUUUCAAUCGUACUUUAUGGAUUACAUAUCUGUGAACAGAACUACAGACAGACUGAAAGAAUCUUGCGUUUAAUUGACUAUUUACUUAUUGAUAACACAAUGAAUCAAGAAGAACAAGAGUCACUAAAACAACUGAGAGAACUUAUCAUAACCAGACCUAUUGAUUUCCACGCAGCUAAACUUUUCAGAAUGGAAUAUCCAACUUUCUUAUCACUUGCAUCCGUAUUUAUUACGAGUACCAUAAUAUUAUUGCAAAAUAUUAAAUAAUUGUAUUUCAUAUUAUUAUUAUAAUUAAUAUUCUUGUUGCUCUUCUGGUGUGUGAAUAAAUGAAGUCGAUUUAA